AUGGGUCGGGGUCCGCCCCUCGGGGUCCUGGAGCUGCGGGUCCUUUCGGUGCGGGGGCCCGGGGGCCUGUGCGGGGGUGCCCCCCUCGUGCCGCCUCCUGUUCCGGGCUGUGCCUGCGCCCCCGGGAGGGGCUGCACCCUGGGGUCGCCCAGAGCCCCCGGGCCCCCCGAGCCCCGGAGCCCCCGGCUGCUUCGCCUGCCCAUCGCCUUCCCUGGCCGGGGUCUGGAGGUCCGGAGCGACGAGCCCCCAGGCCCCCUGCGCCUCGUGGGUCGGGCGGUGUCGCGGCCGCGCCUGAGGCCGGGGGCCCUGGCGGGGGUUUUGGGGCUGCGCUUGGGACCCGCCUGCGCUGCCGCCCUCCCCCACCCCGCGGCCCCCUGCGCCCCCCUCUGCCCCCUGACGCUGCUGGAGCCGCUGCUGCGAUCCCCCGGCUGCAACAAGGGGGGUGUCUGCUCGGGGUCCCGGGGCGGCUGCGCGACCCCCGCCCCGGGGGGGGCACCAGUGGCACCAGUGACACCAGUAACGGAGGUGGCGGCGGCACCGGGGGCGGCCCUGGAGGCUCUGGGAGUCCCGGGGGUCCUGGGGGCGGCCCUGGACCCCCCUCCCGCGGCACCAGUGGCACCAGUGGCACCAGUGGCGGCGCUGGGAACGGCGGCAGCGGCACUGGGGGGGGUCCCAGGGGUCCCGGCGGCGGCUUUGGUGGCCCCGGGGGGGGUCCCCGGGACCCCUGAAGCCCCAGUGCCACCGGUCCCGUCCUCGCUCCCAGGGGUCCCAGACCCUCUGCCGGGGGUCCCAGACUCAGUCCCGGUGGUAUCAGAUCGUCUCCUGGGGGUCCCGGCAGUCCCAAAUUCCUUCCUGGGGGCCCCAGAUCAUCCCCCGAGGGUCUCAGACUCCCUCCCGGGGGUCCAGGAUCCCUUCCCAGGAGUCCUGGACCCUCUCCCGGGGGUCUCGUUCCCCCUCCCGGAGGUGCCCCCCUCCCCCUGUGCCCUCGGGCCCUGUUUCAACGGCGGUGCCUGUGCCCCCUCCCCGCCCGGGACACCCCCCGGGACCCCCCCCGAGACCCCCGGCUACAGCUGCCGCUGCCCCCCCGGCUUCAGGGGCUUCAACUGCGAGCGCCGGGCGGACCGGUGCGACCCCCAGUACUGCCUGAACGGCGGUCAGUGCCGGGACUCGCAGGGUCUGGCCCCGCUGUGCCGCUGCCCGCCGGGCUUUUCGGGGCGCCGGUGCCAGCACAACGCGGACGACUGCUCGCCCAACCCCUGCGCGCACGGGGGGACGUGCCAGGACGGCCCCAACUCCUUCACCUGCUCCUGCACCCUGGGCUUCGGGGGUCCCCGCUGCCGCCGCCGCUCGGGGGGCUGCGCCCCCAACCCCUGCGCCCACGGGGGCACCUGCUACACCCACUUCUCGGGCCCCGUCUGCUCCUGCCCCCCCGGCUUCAUGGGCGUGCUCUGCGAGGAGGAGGUGGGGCGCCCUGGACCCCCUGGCCCGGCAGGGACCCCCGCCCCUCGCGCUCUGCGCCCUCCCCUGGUGCUGCUGGGGCCGGGCGUGGGGCUGGCGGUGGCCAGGAGGAGGCGGGGGCGGGCAGGUGAGAUUCGAGCGGACUUUGGGGUGCUGGGGGUCCCACUGGUCUUGCUGGGGGGCAGGUGA